AGUGUUCAACGAAGUACGACGACUCCUAGCAAACAGUUUCGUUGGAGUGUGUGUACAAGAAGCAAAUAAUUUUAAUAUCUUGUAUAAAAAAUAAAGGAAAAGAUCACCUCUCUCUCUCUCUCUCUCGAUGGAGAACCCGAACCGACCUCAACAGUCAGGUACCAGUGCUCCUCCAAAACCUUGGGAGCGAUCAGGGUCUUCAUCUGGUCCUGCGCCUUUUAAGCCCCCAUCUUCUGGGAGCACAAGUGAUAUUGUUGAAGCCUCUGGAACAGCAAGGCCGGGUGAAAUUGUUACAACAGCGGAUGCAAAUACAGUUGCAAACAGAAAUGCACUUGGGAGACCUCUACCAUCUAGGCCUUGGGAGCAGCAAACAUAUAACAACACCACUGCAUUAGGAGGAGGUGUUGGUUACGGUUCCGGUUUAAACUAUAAUUCUGGUUAUGGUUCUGGAACUUACGGAUCAUAUGGGGCUGGAGGGUCUUAUGGAGGAGGAAUGUAUGGAAAUAGCAUGUAUCGAGGAGGCAUGUAUGGUGGCACUGGAAGUCUCUAUGGAGGAGGAAUGUAUGGUGGGGGAAUGUAUAACAGUAGUUUUGGAGGUGGAAUGGGUAGUUAUGGAGGAAUGGGGAUGGGCAUGGGAAUGGGUAUGGGUAUGGGUGGUCCUCCAUAUGGCGAUCAAGACCCAAACAAUCCUUUUGCUGCUCCAUCAUCUCCUCCAGGUUUUUGGGUUUCUUUCAUGCAUGUGAUGCAAGGUGUGGUAACCUUUUUUGGCCGUGUUGCUAUGUUAAUAGACCAGAAUACUCAGGCUUUUCACAUGUUCAUGUCUGCACUUUUACAGUUGUUUGAUCGAUCAGGCAUGCUGUAUGGAGAGCUGGCUAGGUUUGUAUUUAGAUUGCUUGGAAUCAGGACGAAGCCCCAGAAAGUCCAGCCCCCUGGACCUAAUGGACUUCCAGGUCCACAUAAUUUCCCAGGUGGUCCAAAUUCCUUGGAAGGUCCCAAGGUUGCUCCAUCUGGUGCAUGGGAUGGUGUAUGGGGAAAUGAACCAAGUAACUGAGAAUACCACAUGAUAUGCUCAUUUAAAUUGUCUGCAUUGAGUUGAAGGAGAUCAAAUGAAUUGUGAAAGUGAUGCCAUGGCCUGUAUAGAUCAGAUCUCCCUUUACCGCCUUGUCAAGAAAUUAUAGAUUGUAUUCUCCUCUCGUUAUGUGUAUGCUACUCAACUUAUUAUUGUUAUUUGUGUGGAUCUGUAAAAUUUGAAGACUUGUAUUUGAUGUAAAAUCAGUAUACCUUUUCCAAGAAAGCGAGUACACAUUACAAUUGGUGGUUGGGAGUUAUGAAUGACAAGAUGUCAGGACUUUUGAAAUAUAAAUUUCUUUUUCCUGAAAA